CAAAGCAGGUAUUAAUAUUAAUAUCAUGUGAUGAUGUCAGUAAUGUACCUGCUGAUAUUAGUUCAUUUCUUGUGGUUCACUGGUAUUAGUGCUGUUAGAAAACUGACAAUAUUAACUUAUUCAGAAACAGAGAAGCUGAAAGAGGUGGAUGAUGGAGCAGAGGCUGAAGCCAUCAGUGAACUGAUGAACGUCCUCCUGGAUGAGACGGAGGAAUCCAAUGGCCAGUCUCUGGCAGGAGAAAGUGGGGAGAUCGUGAUGAGUGCCGACGCUGAAGCUGAGGCUGAAGCCUUUAAUGAUUUCCUGACCGUCCUCCUGGAGGAGAUAAGCGACGAGAUCAACCUGCCUCUGGGGAUGCUGAAAGAGGUGGAUGAUGGGGCGGAGGCUGAAGCCAUCAACCAGCUCCUGAACGUCCUCCUGGAUCAGUCAGGGGAAAUGAUCGACCUGCCUCUGGCAGGAGAAAGUGGGGAGAUCGUGAUGAGUGCCGACGCUGAAGCUGAGGCUGAAGCCUUUAAUGAUUUCCUGACCGUCCUCCUGGAGGAGAUAAGCGACGAGAUCAACCUGCCUCUGGAAGAAGUUAAGGCUAAAGCUGUUAUUGAAGGUGAAGCUGAAGUUGAGGCAGAAGGUGAAGUUGAAGCUGAAAUUGAGGCUGAAAGUGAAGCUGAAGGUGAAACUAAAGGUGAAGCUGAAGUUGAGGCUGAAGGUGAAGCUGAAGUUGAGGCUGAAGCUAAAGGUGAAGCUGAAGGAGUUGUUGAAGAAGGAAAGCUGGAUGACACUGAAACAGAGAACAGCACAUCUCUGGAGAGCAAUAAUACAGAGAAGCCUGAAAACACCGGGAAUGGAAAUGAGAAAAAGAAAAGGAGCAGGAGAGGAACACGAGGCAAAGGAAGGAAGAUCAAUUACAAAAAGUUCCAGGACAAUAAAGCAGGACGAUCUGCAGCUGAGGCCGUAGAAAGACCACCAGAAGAUGCAGCAACAGAGAACAGCACACCUCUGGCAGACAAACCCCUGGUGAAAGCGGAUGAAGAAUCUGAGCCUAAAGAGGAAAUCCAACUCCUUGAGACGGAGACCGUUAACGAGCAGCUCCUGAAUGAAGUAAAGGCAAAGAAGAAGGUCAGGAGAGGAACACGAGGAAGAGGGAGAAAAAUCAACUACAAGAAAGUUGAGGACAAAGAAGCUGAACAGAAUGGAGGGAGGAAAGAGCUGACUGACGCCAAAGCAUCAAGAGACCAGCGUGAAUGUCAGACAGAAAGAAAGCCGCAGACACACACACGUGUGUGGACACGCCGUGACCGAGCCUGUGAGUCAGGGUGGAGAGGACCUGCUCACUGCGACCAGAGAGACAGGAGAGUCCCGAGAAGAUCAGCUCAAGAGACGCCAUCACAUGCUGGAGCCUGAUCAAUUAAACACACACACACCACACACCAAGCCCCCAUCCUCUCCUUAAGCCUAACCCUACCACCCCCCUAUUCCCCAAUCCCCAAAUAAUUAUUAACAUUAUUUUUAAAAAAUGAAUAAAAACCCUUUAUACUUUACACUUUACUUUUGUCUGCUUUCUAUGAGCAGUAAUUAUUUCUGCACAUGCACUGAGUAGUCUAAUAGGCAAGUGUCCAGUUUUAAGCUGAUAUUCCAUGUGUGCAGCUUCACUGUAGACUGUGUGCUGGGUGACUGAGGUCUGAGACGAUUCUGUGAGCUUUUCUCAGGCACCGUAACCGCUACAUGUGCUGUGUGUUUGGGAUUUUGUAGCCUGUGAUGAGUUCUGCUCUUCUCACCAAAUCUCUGGACACCAGGCUGAAGCUGACACUA